GAAGACUGGAGAGCUCCACUCAGCUGUUCACCUGCACACAUGGACACAGGGGCUGAUGGAGACCACAAUAACCAAGAGACUAGAGCCAGAAGCACCACUGCACAAAACCCACGUCUGUCCCCCAAAUACAAGUGUGCACCAGAGACCAGAGCCACUGUGAACAAUGCAGACAUGUCAGGAACUGGUGAAGGACCCGAGAGGAGGAAACACAAGUGCUCUGUUUGUAAAGAGAGAUUUGGCUCUAAAUAUAAACUGAAAAGACACAGGAGAGUUCACACAGGAGAGGAACCAUUCAGGUGUUCAGUUUGUAAGAAAGUUUUUUCUCAUAGUUCUAGUCUCAAAACACACAUGAGGACUCACACAGGGGACAAACCAUUCAGGUGUUCGGUUUGUAAGAAAACAUUUGCCCAAAAGGUUAUUCUCAAUAGGCAUAUGAGGACUCACACAGGGGAAAAACCAUUCAGCUGCCCAGUCUGUAAGAAAGACUUUGCAGAUAGUUCUAAUCUCAAAACACAUAUGAGGACACACACAAGGGAGAAACCAUUCAGGUGUUCGGUUUGUAAGAAAACAUUUGCCCAAAAGGUUACUCUCAAUAGGCAUAUGAGGACUCACACAGGGGAAAAACCAUUCAGGUGUUCGGUUUGUAAGAAAGACUUUGCAGAUAGUUCUUAUCUUAAAAUACAUAUGAGAACACACACAGGGGAAAAACCAUUCAGCUGCCCAGUCUGUAAGAAAGACUUUGCAGAUAGUUCUUAUCUUAAAAUACAUAUGAGAACACACACAGGGGAAAAACCAUUCAGGUGUUCAGUUUGUAAGAAAGUUUUUUCUCACAGUUCUAGUCUCAAAACACAUAUGAGGACACACACAGGAGAGGAACCAUUCAGGUGUUCAGUUUGUAAGAAAGUUUUUUCUCAUAGUUCUAGUCUCAAAACACAUGAGGACUCACACAGGAGAGGAACCAUUCAGCUGCCCAGUAUGUAA